UUAAUAGCUUCUGUCAAGUGGCCCGUGUAAUCCCGGCCAGCAAACGAAGCACCGAACUGGAUUUCAGGUGAACGGUAACGCUCCGGCUGAUGUGCCUUCCCGUCACUACAGUGCGUGAGGCGAGGUGGAGACAGGCCACAAAGUAGACCUGCUGCAUCUUUACUUCCUGUGGUUGAUGGAGGAACAAGGGGCAACGCAAAUAAUCAUAAGUUGGUCAUCGUUUGACUCUGCGGCAGCGAGUUAAGACAAAAAUCGAGUAAUCAUGGACAUCGGCGGUUUGGAGACAGUGGUGGCCAACCCGGCGUACGUGUCGGCCCGAGGAAGCGUGGAUGGCGCGGCGGCGGCCACCCUGCGGGACAAGAAGAUGCGGGCCAGGCUGAAACUACCACACAUCAGAGACUGUGAACACACCAAAGCGUCAGUGGGCGAGACCUUCGACAGCAUGUGCGUCAAAGAGCCCGUCGGCAAGCGGCUCUUCCAGCAGUUUCUGGAGAGCGAGGCCACCCGCAAAACCGCCGGAGAGCUGUGGAAGGACAUCGAAGACUACGUCAUCUGCCAAGAAAAGGACAGAGUCCAGAAGGCUCAAAAAAUGGUCAAUAAAUACUACGAGUCGGCGUCAAAGAACUUCUGCAGCUUCCUGGAAGAGAAGGCUGUCACCCGAGUGAAGGAGGACUUCAAAAAUGUCCACGGUGACUUAUUCAAAGAGAGCGAGAAACAGCUCCUCAAACACCUGGAGACAAAGGCCGUGGACGGCUUUAAGCUGAGCAUGUACUUCCUGCGUUACGUUCAGUUCAAGUGGUUGGAGGCGCAACCCGUUGACGAGGAGUGGUUCAUGGACUUCAGGGUCCUUGGCAAGGGCGGUUUCGGCGAAGUGUACGCUUGUCAGGCUAAGGCCACGGGUAAAAUGUACGCCAAUAAAAAACUGGAUAAGAAGAGGCUGAAGAAACGCAAAGGCUACGAGGGCGCGAUUGUGGAGAAGCGCGUCCUUGCCAAAGUCCACCGUCGCUUCAUUGUGUCGCUGGCGUACGCCUUCCAGACCAAGACUGACCUCUGCCUGGUUAUGACUAUCAUGAAUGGUGGGGAUCUCAGGUUUCAUACGUACAACGUGGAUGAAGAAAAUCCUGGUUUCACUGAGAAGAGAGCGUCUUUCUACACAGCGCAGAUCAUCUGUGGGCUGGAACACCUUCACCAGCACAGGAUCAUCUACAGAGACCUGAAGCCGGAGAACGUGCUGCUAGAUGAUGCAGGACACGUCCGCCUGUCAGAUUUGGGCCUGGCUGUCGAGCUUCCACCGGGAAAAGACAAAACGUCUGGUUAUGCAGGAACUCCAGGUUUCAUGGCUCCAGAGCUGCUCCAGAAAAAGGAAUACGACUACUCGGUGGAUUAUUUCACUCUGGGAGUGACUCUGUUUGAGAUGAUCGCAGCCAAAGGACCCUUCAGAGGACGAGGAGAGAAGGUGGAGAAUGACGAGGUGGCGCGCAGAAUUUUGAACGAUCCGGUGCCGUACACGGCCAACUUCAGCGAAGAAUGUAAAGCUAUUUGUGAAGGCUUGAUGGAAAAGGAUCCAGGGAAACGCCUCGGGUUCAGGAACAACGAGUGCGCUGAGCUCUAGAGCCAAGCCUUCUUCAAGGAGAUCAAUUGGGGACGUCUCGAGGCUGGCUGUGUGGAUUCCGCGGCCGCUCAGCGAUGGCGUGAAUGCGAGUGCCAAUGGUGAUUGAUUGGCGACCAAUUCAGGG